GAUUUGAUUUGAUUAAUCAAAAAGGUGGUCAGAGAAAAACAAAAGAUAAAGGUUUUAAAUUUCUUCCAUACCAGCUAGACCCAGAAUCAAAGUAAUUUAACCCCCAAAAGGCAAAAACCAAAAAGAAUGUGUUAGAAAAGCAACAAGAAGAAGAAGAAGAAAGCAAAUUAAUAGACAAUAAUCUUUCUUCUCUGGUUGCUUCUUUUUAUUUCUUUCUCUGGAAACAGCUUUUCUCUGUUACUUUACUUCUUUCAGAAACCCCAUAAUCAAGAGAAGUUUUUGUGGUUGAAGCUGUUCCUCCUUGGUAAAACAGAGCAAUUAUGCUAAUUUGCGCCGUCUUUCCAAAUCUUAACCUUUAUCAAACUCAUUAAAAGGAAAGUAAUGUUCGAGAAAUGGGCAAGAAAGGAAAUUGGUUUUCUGCAAUCAAAAGGGUUUUCACACCACAUUCCAAAGAGAAGCAGCUAAGCAACAACAACCAAGAACCAGAGAGAAAGAGUGAAAACAAAGAGAAGAAGAAGAAAGGUUUUGGAAAGAAGAUAAGGAAUGGAGAAACCAAUUCAUUUCUUCCCAUUUUUGGACAGCCUAGUAGUAUCGAAAAGAUCUUGUGUGAAGCUGAACGAGAGCAUAACCUUGUCUUUAGGCCACCAAGUCCCACGGAUCGAACAAAGGCAUCAUCAACCUCUGUUCCAUCUCCUUCUGUUAGGCUUGCUUCUCCUAAAGUUCCUUCUCAGAGAUAUGUCUCUUCUCCAAAACCCAUUUCACCAAGAGUUGCUUCCCCUCGAGUCCCUUCUCCAAAGCCGCCUUCUCCACGAGCGGUUUCGCCUAAGAUUGUGCUACAACGUGAGUUUGUGCAUAGACCAGAGCCAAGUCUACUGGUCAAAAAUGCUUAUGCAACAAAGAUUCAAGCAGCUUUUAGAGGUUACAUGGCAAGGAGGAGUUUCAGAGCUUUGAAAGGUCUAGUCAGGCUUCAAGGAGUGGUGAGAGGACACAGCGUGAAGCGUCAAACGAUGAAUGCUAUGAAGUAUAUGCAGCUUUUAGUCCGAGUCCAAACACAAGUCCAGUCACGUCGCAUCCAAAUGCUGGAAAACCGAGCUAAGAACGACAAAGAUGACACGAAAUUAGCCUCUAGCCUUGCGGUAAGUGCUCUCAUUAAUCUUUGGUUUCCAAGAAAAAAGCUCUCUCCAUUUAACAUUUAUUGUUCUUUCUCGCAGUCUGAGGAUUGGGACGAUAGUGUGCUGACAAAAGAAGAAAAAGAUGCGAGGCUGCAUAGGAAGAUUGAUGCAAUGAUCAAAAGAGAACGUUCCAUGGCCUAUGCUUAUUCUCACCAGUUAUGGAAAAACAGUCCAAAGUCUGCUCAGGACAUUAUAACAAGUGGGUUCCCACUUUGGUGGAACUGGGUGGACCGGCAGAAGAACCAAAACCAACCAUUCAGGCUAACACCAACACGACCGAGCCCAAGCCCUCAGCCUCAAUCUAGCAGCCAAAACCAUUUCAGGCUCAACAACAGUUUCGACACUUCCACACCCAAUUCAUCAAAAUCCACAUUCGUUACUCCAUCUAGACCCAUUCACACUCCGCAACCAUACAGUGGCAGCGUCUCAAGAUACUCACGAGGAGGAGGAAGAGCCACACAAGAUUCUCCUUUUAAAGAUGAUGAUAGCCUCACAAGCUGCCCUCCAUUCUCAGCUCCAAGCUACAUGGCUCCAACAGUCUCAGCUAAAGCAAAACUAAGAGCAAACAGUAAUCCAAAGGAGAGAAUGGACCGUACACCGGUCAGCACAAACGAGAAGAGACGGAGUUCGUUCCCUCUUGGUUCGUUCAAGUGGAACAAAGGGUCAUUGUUCAUGAGCAGCAACAGUAACAACAAGGGUCCAGGUUCUUCUUCUUCUGGUGCUGUUGUGCUUGAGAAGCACAAAACCCUCAAAUCCGUUGGAAAUUUGAGUAUUGAUUCUACGGUUUCGAUGCCUGCAACAAUUGGGAGGAGGGCUUUUAACAGAUUUGCGUGAUUUUUUAUUUUUUAUUUUCUGAAACGAAAAAACCUGACUGUUUUUUUCUUUCUUUCUCAGUUGAUUCUUCUUUGAUUUGUUUAUCUUACAUCAAUUUUAUGAGUGGUGAUUAUUUUGAGUGUUUUUUUUUUGUGUUCUUGAUUACGAAUUUUACAGAUGUAACAUAAUAAUAAAAAGUAAACAACAAAAACAGAGGAUUUGGAUUGUA